UCUAUUUUGAAUCAUAAUUAAUAAUUAAAUCAUCAAAAUAAAUUAUAUAUACAAUUUUGAUAUUGAAAAAAAAUUUAUAUAUGCUACUACGCGUAUAAUAAAAACAUUAUCUUAAUAAUAAUAUUUAACAAAUACAAAUUUAAUUUAAGCGUACAGUACGUUCGUGUGUGAUGACAGAAUUAGACCCUUACCACUACCAUGUAAUUUGAAUGAGGCCAAUCACCCAGCCACCAUCUCCGAAUGGAACAUAAUCAGGCUGCAAAUAUAAACGAAGUUCCAAAAAUCGUCGGUGGUUCUGUAGCAAAGGAUGGGCAAUAUCCCUAUCAAGCAUCACUUCGUUAUAGAAAUCGUCAUUUUUGUGGAGGAUCAGUAUUAAAUGAAAGAUGGAUACUGACAGCUGCUCACUGCUUAUCAAGUUUUAAUGAUACAGCAAUAACCGUCGUAUUGGGUACUAACACUUUAGACAAAGGCGGUGAUGAUUAUCAAUCUGAAAAAAUAAUUGGCCAUCCAAAAUACAGUUCUAUAUUGAUCAGAAAUGAUAUUGGAUUGAUCAAAUUGGAUAAGAAUAUCGUUUUCGGAGAGAAAGUAAAGCCUAUUCAAUUACCCAAUGAAAACUUCAGUAAAAUAGAUUAUCCUGCUGUAUUAUCUGGUUGGGGAACCACUAACUAUCCUGGACAAGUACCAAAUGAAUUAUACUAUAUUCAGUUGAAUGUGAUCGAUCAAAAACAAUGUUUAAACGUCAGCUUCCGUGUCACCAAUGACAAUAUCUGCACACUUAACAAGAGGGGUGAAGGCGCUUGUCAUGGUGAUUCUGGUGGACCAUUGGUUGCCGAUAAUGUACAAAUCGGAGUAGUAUCCUGGGGAAUACCGUGUGCAAGAGGUCAACCGGAUGUCUUCACUCGCAUCUACAGUUAUAUUGAUUGGAUCAAUAUAUUUUAUAGGACACGACUAGGGGAGAGGAUGGUUAGUAUGAGCUCUAUGCUCGUGGAAACUGUUAGCAUAAACUAUGAAGAUUUUAAUGAAAGUUUUUUAACAUGUGGUACAUGUCUUUGUGUUUAUGAUGGUGGAGAACAUACCCCCAAAUUAUUACCAUGUUCACAUACUGUAUGUUUACAUUGUUUAACAAGAAUUGCUGCAUCUCAAACUCGUGAGACUGGUGCUUUUCGAUGUCCUAUUUGCAGAGAAUUAAUAACAAUUCCUCGUGGUGGAGUUCCUGCUUUACCACCUAGUUUUCUUGUAAAUCAAUUGCUUGAUCUUAUGUCUAGACAAAGAAGAGAGGUUAUUCCAAAAUGUUCAGUUCAUAUAAAUCAAGAAUUAUUAUUUUGUGAAACAUGUGAUACAGUGUUUUGUACAGUAUGUACAGGUGGUAAUCAUGCAGGAACAUCACCAGGAUGUACUGAGCAUACUAUCAUACCUUUUAGCAUUGCAAUAAAAAGAAUGUCUGAAAUCUUGCUUUAUAAAGCUAAUGAAUGUAUAUCUAAGUUAACACAAGCCCAGGAUUCUGUAAGUACAGAAUUACAACGUUUGGAGGCUUCAACAGAAAAAUGUUUGAAUGCUGUAGAUACUGAAUUUGCAGAAAUUAUUUCAAAAAUAGAAAGAAGACGUUCAGAAUUACAAGCAGCUGUUACUGCUGCUGCAAGAGAUAAAAAACAUGUGUUAGAAGAACAACAUGCUCUAAUAGAAGCUGAAAAAAAUAAAGUGCAAGGAGAAUGUGAAGGAUUACAAUAUCAGGUUGAAGUUCGAAAUAUUACACAAAGAAUUGGUAGUUUAUCUGAUCAACUUGAUGCGGCAUCAGCACUUAGUGAACCUAAAGAAAAUGCUUUUAUUACUUUUGAAUUUAAUCACAAUAAUGCUCUUUCUCAACUAGAGGAAGCUCUUAAUAACUUGGGAAGAGUACGUUCUAGUACAACAUUGCCAGGUUUAUGCAGAGCCCGGUUGAAAGAUUCUGCCAUAGUUAAACUACAAGCAGCUGUUGUAGUAGAGACUGUUGAUUAUCAUGGGCAUCCUAGAAAUGUCGGAGGAGAUCUUAUCACUGCAGAAUUAACAUUAGCAGAUAGUAUUCAUUCAGAAAACCAAAGUUCCAGUAUUGAAACUGAAAUAUUAGAUUUAGAAAAUGGUACAUAUGAAGUACUAUUUCGACCUCCAUCUGCAAGUCGUUAUAUUUUAAAGUUAUCAGUUUUUGAGCGGCCUAUUAAAGAUUAUCUAUUUUUUGAUGCAACUGAACAUAAUGAACCUAUUAAGAUAUAUGGAAGACGAGGAAACGGAAAAGAUGAAUUUCAUCAACCAGUAGCAGUUGCUGUUGAUGAUGAUGGCAUGAUAUAUAUUUUAGAUACUGGAAACUCACGAAUAAAAGUACUCAAUUGUGAUUUAGAAUUUCAAAGGCAUAUAACUAAUGAAGGUCUAGAAGGACGUAGUUGUACAGGAAUUGGUAUUUCUCAACAAGGUAUUGUUGUUGUUAAUUGGAGGACACGUAAAAUAACUGAAAUGAAUUCUUUAGGAGAUACUGUUAAAUCUUUUUCCCAUAAUGCAUUUCAAGAACCAAUUGAUGUUGCAGUUGAUAGAAGUUAUGGCCAUAUACUUGUUGCAGAUAAUGGUCAAAGUUGUGUUUUUGUAUUUGAUUCUGAUGGCAAAAUUCUCUUUCAGGUUGGAAAAAGAAGUACAUUUAAAUUAAUUACAUCUGUGACUGUUGGUCCCAAUGGCGAAAUAAUAGUGGCUGAUAGUCGUAUACAAGUAUUUUCUGCUAAAGGAGAUUUUUCUGAAGAAAUUUAUUCAGAAGGCAAAGGAAAAGGUACUUAUGGAGGCCUCGCUGUUGAUGCAGAAGGCAGAAUACUUGGUACUCGUACCGAUAAAGGUCGCAGUAUAAUCCAAGUCUUAAAGUUAGGAGGAGGUAAUAUUUUAACUGAAAUUGAUUCACAUAGUUCAAAAUUACGACGUCCUUCAGGUAUUGCAGUACUACCUGAUAAUCAUUUAGUAGUUGUAGACUUGGGAAAUGAUUGUAUAAAAAAAUAUAGAUACUGGUAAAAACAA